GCCACGACGACCUCGACGCCCACAGCCUUCGAAUCCUUAUUCUCUUUAUUCUUUAGUCUUUUUAAUCUCGCGUUAAACCAAUCUGUCUUUCCCGAGGCUUCGCAUUCUCAGAGUCCAUGAACCGGACAUGGCCAUUCUACCCACAAGCGCAGGUCCACACCAGAACGGGUUUCCUCAACGGCCAUCCCAGUCGGUGACGAAUAGAGUGCCAGUCAUAUUUCGGAGAUUACUUAGAUUUCACUCCAUGGACUUUGAGCUGGCAGCAUGGCAGUUAACGUACCUAUGCCUUGCGCCGAAGCGAGUGUAUCGGAACGUGUACUUUCACAAACAGACCAAAAACACCUGGGCAAGGGAUGACCCCGCAAUUCUCAUUCUCAUUGCAGCAUGUCUGUCAGUGGCCGCCAUAGCCUGGUCGGUCAUGUGGUCAUACGGCAUUCUCGACACCCUCAAACUCGCAUUCCUCAUGAUCUUCCGAGAUUACCUCCUUGUGGGCGCCGUCAUGGCCACUUUCUUCUGGUUCUUCGCGAAUCGUGCUCUCCUCUCUCCCCCGUCGCACUCAACACCAGCCGACACCUCCGUUGAAUGGGCUUAUGCAUUCGACGUGCAUACCAAUGCGUUCUUCCCUCUAUACCUCACGCUGUACCUCGCUCAGCUCUUCCUCGUACCCAUAAUCAUGAAGAACAACUGGGUCUGUCUAUGGGUUGGGAACACCCUUUAUCUCGCUGCGUUCGCGCAGUAUAUAUAUGGCAUAUAUCUCGGACUUAAUGCCCUCCCAUUCCUCAUACGCACAGAACUGCUUCUCGCCCCACUCCUGCCUUUACUAGUGGGCUACAUAGUCUCAUUGUUGGGAUUCAACGUCGGCAGGCGUGUACUGUCUGCUUAUCUGGACUUGUGA